AUGAGUGCGAACAACAGUUUUGGCCCGCAGAGAGCGGGUGUUUUCGACUUCACGAUCCUUUUUGAGCAAAGUAUUUUGUCUCUUCUCCCGACUGGUCUGUUCAUCUUGCUUGUGCCGUUAAGACUCUACGUACUUUGGAACGAUGAGAGGGCCACCAAAUCUAAACCUUUGCUAUGGGCAAAAAUGACCCUGAUUGCCAUUUAUGCCUGCCUCCAAACCGCUUUGCUUGUCCUCUGGUGCCGACAAAACUCAACAAAAACAGCAAUCGCCGAGCCCGUCCUUGGAUUGAUUGAAUCAUUUGCGCUUGCCGCUCUGUCGUUUGUUGAACACCGAAACUCCAGGAAACCAUCCAAGUUGAUCGGAGCAUUUCUCGUCAUAACCAUCAUCCUCGACAUUGCCCUCGUCCGAACUUUUUGGAUACGAUCGAUGCACAGUAUUGCAAGUGUUUUCACUGCCUCGUUUGUGAUCAAGACGAUCCUCUUGAUCUUGGAAGAAACGCCGAAAUCGCCACUCAGUGACAAGGAAAAGAUACAAGAGACAGCAUCUGGAGUGGUCAAUAGGAGCUUCUUCUGGUGGUUGAAUGGACUCUUCCUGCAAGGCCAUCGCACUAUUCUCGAGACCGAAGACUUACAGGCGAUAGACUCAAAGUUCGACACAGACCAUGUAUCCACGCCGCUGGAGAAACAAUGGGAACGAGCCCGCAAUAGUGGCCAGCCCAGUCUCUUGAAAUCCACCUUCCUCGCUUACAAAUGGCAAUUCGCUGCCGGCAUCAUCCCUCGACUCCUUCACAGCGGCUUCAACUUUGCGCAACCCUUCCUCAUCCAAUCCGUCAUCGUGCUCGUCAGCAAAAAGGAAAUGUCGGUGCAAACUUCCAGUGGGCUCAUCGGAGCAACAGUCCUCAUCUACCUUGGCCUUGCCAUUUCUGGUGCCUGGCACAAACACAUGUCUUACCAGCUGGUGACUAUGUACAGAGGUGGACUUGUGUCCUUGAUUUUCAAGAAGACGCUCAAACUCAAGACAACUUCCAUCAAAGACUCUGCACCUGUUACACUCAUGACUGCGGACGUGGAGACGAUUGUUGCUGCUGGAGCCUCGGUCCAUGAUAUGUGGGCAAACAUGCUGGAGCUUCCUGUGGGAAUUUAUCUGCUUUAUCGUCAAGUUGGCAAGCCUAGCUUGCUUGUGCUGGUCCCGACCGUCAUCACAACGAUUGUCAGUGGCGUCAUCUCUCCAGCCAUGGAACCAGCGACAGUGAAGUGGAAUGAAGCUGUUCAAAAGCGAGUUGGUGAAACAUCAAGCAUGCUCAAUCAGAUGAAAGGCAUCAAAAUGAUGGGCUGGACAGAUUUCUUUCUCAAAAUGGUCCAGGGCCUCAGAGUCCAUGAGCUCAAAGUGUCUGCCAAGUUCCGAUGGUUGCUUGUCUACUUCAAUGCUCUCGCCAUGAUAUCUGCCCAGCUGACUCCAGUGGUUGUCAUCAUGUCUGCAAUUUACUGGACCAAAGCAGAUGGAGGCCUAAGUGUCGCAGAAGCGUUCACAUCACUGUCCCUGAUUUCUGUUGUGACUCAGCCCCUUGUCAUGAUUCUCGUCUCUUUGAUGCAGAUCGCAGGUGUUGUCGGGGGAAGUGGCAGGAUUCAAGCUUUUCUGCUCCUGGAUGAGCAGCUUGCUGCCAAGGAGGCUGUCGAUGUUGAUGCCGUCACUAUACAGAACGUCAGCGUUCAGACACCCGACGGAAAUUCUUUGCUCACCAAUAUCAACCUCCAAAUCUCGCCCGGGACACUAAACAUGCUCGUAGGCAGAGUGGGCUGCGGAAAGUCAUCACUCUUGAGAACGAUCAUCGGUGAACUUAUACCAUCGGAGGGGACGGUCAAGACCCAGGACUCUCUUGCGUAUUGCGACCAGGUACCAUGGCUCCGCAACACCACAAUUCGAGAAAACGUCGUUGGGCUUUCGCCGAUGGACGACAAGUGGCUGUCGACAGUCCUUCAUGCUUGCGCUUUGGAAGAGGAUCUCCAUCAACUGCCCCAAGGCCAAGAGACAAUUGUUGGUUCUGGUGGAGUGGCGUUGAGUGGAGGCCAAAAGCAGCGGGUUGCUCUUGCACGAGCUGUGUACUCGCGAAAGAAGCUCAUCAUACUUGAUGAUGUCUUUAGCAGCCUUGAUAAAACGACUGCUGAUGCAGUGUUCCAUCGCCUUCUGGUAGCUGAAGGGCUGCUUCGGUCAAGCACCGUUGUGUUGGUAACCAUUCACUAUUUGCCAUUCGCGGACUUUGUUUCCGUAAUUGAAGAAGGCCGAAUCACUCGCAACCAAGUUCAAUACUCUCAACUUGAAGCCACCGAAACUCUAAACACUAUCGCACCAAUCGAAACUCAGCAGCUUGUACAGAAAGAUAUAGUCAAGCUUCCUCCGAAGAGGGAAAUCGACUUAGCUCGGAAGACUGGGGAUACAGAUUGCUACAAGAUAUAUGUCAAGUCAAUGGGCUGGAAAGUGAUUAGCAUCAUCUUUCCAACUUCAGUAAUUGGCGCCGUUCUUGAAGCCAUGCCUCAAAUCUGGUUACGAAUUUGGACGGAGAAAGGUGAGGGCUCGAAGGAUGCUCACUAUGCUGGAGGUUAUAUAGGGCUAGUCGUUGCUUCAAUGGCCCUGGCACUUUUGAACAUUGAUUACUUUCUCAUUGUCGGCGUCGAAAAAUCAUCAAUCAAUCUCCAUGAGCAGCUUUUGAACUCUGUUUGCAGGGCCCCAUUACAUUUCUUUACAUCAACAGAAAGUGGUAGCAUUCUGAACCGAUUCAGCCAGGACAUGACACUCAUCGAUAUGUCUCUCCCGCUAGCGUUCUACCUUACACUCGAUUUGACGUUGAGGUGUCUUGUUCAGGUUGGUGUGGUGGCCUCCGGAGCGAGUUACUUUGGCGCGUUUCUCCCUGUUUCAUUCUUGGCUCUGUAUCUCAUCCAAAAGUACUACCUGCGCACAUCUCGACAAAUGCGACUCCUGGACCUGGAAGCCAAAACACCGCUCUACACACAAUUCACAGAGAUUACAGCUGGGCUAGCAACUAUUCGCUCAUUCGGGUGGACAAACGACUUUCUCGCUGAAAGCUUCCGCAUGCUGAACACCUCGCAAAAGCCCUUCUACCUAAUGUUUUGUAUUCAGCGAUGGUUGGAACUAGUACUCGAUCUCUUCGUUGCCGGGAUGGCCAUCGUGCUGGUUACGAUUGCCCUGCGGAUUCCUGGCACCACUAGUGAGGGCGCGAUUGGGCUCGCCAUGGUGAACCUUCUGGGGCUCAAUAUGACACUAACAACGGUGAUUGAUCAAUGGACGACUCUCGAGACUUCACUCGGAGCUAUUGCCCGGCUGAAGUCUUUCAUCAGCGAUACCCCAAAUGAGAACAAGUCGGGUGAAACUGAAGUCCCAGACGACUGGCCUGGCGGUAGAAUCGUGUUUGAUGGAGUGACUGCAUCAUACAGUGGCGAUUCUCAACCUGUUCUCCGCGAUGUUUCGCUUGCGAUUGAAGCCGGGCAAAAGGUCUGCGUGUGUGGCCGUACUGGAAGUGGCAAAUCAUCAUUUAUGCUCUCAAUUCUACGGUUACUCGAGCUACAAUCAGGAAGCAUCCAGAUCGACGACAAAGACCUCGCAUCAAUACCGCGUCAACAUAUCCGAUCCCAGAUAACGACAAUCCCUCAAGAUCCCGUGAAUCUAUCAGGCACAGUACGACAGAAUCUUGACCCUGAAGCACUCAUCCAAGCGGAUGAAAUGCUUAUUGACGCUCUGAAAAAGACUACCCUAUGGGCAACCAUUGACACUCGCGGUGGACUCGAUGCUGAUCUCAGCGAACUUGGCUUUUCCGUCGGCCAGUGCCAAUUGUUUUGUCUCGCACGAGCCUUACUCUCACACUCAAAGAUCGUGCUACUUGAUGAACCAACCAGCAGUGUUGAUAACGCUACCGACAAAGACGUACGGCACAUCAUUCGAGAGGUCAUGCAAGGACGAACAGUGAUUGAAGUCACGCAUCGUCUCGAUUACGUGACAGACUUUGAUCUUGCCGUUGUCAUGAAGGAUGGGCGAGUCAUCGAGACUGGCGAUCCAAAGAAGUUACUUGCCCAAGACUCAGCUUUGUAG